GUAACUAUUUAUUACCAACAUUUUCUCCUUCUUCUUAAUUCCUUUCUACUCUGUUUCUACUUCCUCUGUUUCUCUCUCUGUUUUUUCCUCUCUAUAAAACAAAAACAGAGCCAUGUUUGGUUUCUGCCACCACCAACAAUAGGUAGAGAGAAAAUUUUCACCUCCUUAAUUAGAAUUCUGAACUUGUGGGGUUCAAGAAUAAUAAGCUACUCCUACUAUGGGUGGUGAUAGUUGGAAUUUUUCUUCCAUGAAACUUUUGUUGUUCAUGGUGCCUCUUAUACUUGUUGGAGGGUUUAUUUCUUUGAAGGGUCCUACCCCAUCAAGUUGGGUUGUUUCUCCGAACCCACCUCUAUUAUGGAGUUCGGUUACUCCUUCUUCAUCAAACGGUGGCGGUGGUGGUGGUGUGACCAGUGUGGUGAUGGCUGUGGAUCUUAAUGAGAAAGAGAAAGCUAUUUCUGACAACAGUAACUUCAAUCAGUCCUCUACUCCUCCACUGUCAAUUCAGGCCAUAGAAGAAACACCUCAACCAUCUUUCAAUGAUGAAGAAGGUCUCAAUGUCUCCAAAAAUUUGCCCAACAUGGCCCCUGUGAUCAAUGAAUCUUAUGUUGCUCCAGAGAGACCAAAGAAGCUAAUUAGAAAGUACAGCAUAUUGGAUAGAACCGAAGCGGGCCUACUACAAGCUCGAGCCGCAAUCAGAGAAGCAAGAAAUGGGAACCAAACACAAGACAAGGACUAUGUUCCAGUAGGACCAAUGUAUUAUAAUGCUAAUGCAUUUCACAGGAGCUACUUAGAAAUGGAGAAACAGUUUAAGGUAUUUGUCUAUGAAGAAGGAGAGCUACCAGUUUUCCAUAAUGGACCUUGCAGAAGCAUAUACUCAUCUGAGGGAAAUUUCAUCCAUGCUAUGGAGAUGAAUGGCCAUUUCAGAACAAGAGAUCCUGAUAAAGCACAUGUUUUUUUCCUUCCAUUUAGUGUAACAAAUAUGGUCAAAUAUGUCUAUAUACCUGACUCUCAUGAUUUUGGACCUAUAAAGAAAACUGUGAAGGACUAUCUCAAUCUCAUUGCUGAGAGAUAUCCCUUUUGGAAUAGAAGCCUUGGAGCUGAUCACUUCAUGCUCUCUUGCCAUGAUUGGGGGCCAGUGGCUUCACAAUCUGUUCCAGACUUGUACAAGAAUUCAAUUCGUGUUCUCUGCAAUGCUAACACAACUGAAGGAUUCAAGCCUGGAAAGGAUGUUUCUUUUCCAGAAAUCAAUAUUCAAACCGGUGGUUCAAUAGCCAGUUUGGUUGGAGGUCCAUCUGCAUCAAAGCGUUCGGUUUUGGCUUUCUUUGCUGGUGGGCUUCAUGGGCCUAUUAGGCCACCUCUUCUUGAGCAUUGGGAAAACAAAGAUGAAGACAUGCAGGUUCACCAGUACCUUCCAAAGGGUAUUUCCUACUAUGACAUGUUGAGGAAGAGCAAGUUCUGCCUUUGCCCAAGUGGUUAUGAGGUUGCAAGCCCAAGACUGGUGGAAGCUAUCUACACAGGUUGUGUCCCAGUGCUCAUGUCAGAUUCUUAUGUUCCUCCAUUCAGUGAUGUGUUGAAUUGGAAAUCAUUCUCCCUUGAGGUUUCAGUGAAGGACAUUCCUAGGUUGAAGGAAAUUCUUUUGAGUGUUACUCCAAGGCAGUAUAUAAGAAUGCAGAGAAGAGUGGGACAAAUUAGGAGACAUUUUGAGGUACAUUCUCCUCCUAGAAGAUUUGACAUGUUCCACAUGGUCCUUCAUUCGGUAUGGCUUAGAAGAUUGAACUUCAGAAUCCACGAUGAUCAAUAAUACUAUACAAAUUAUUUUCAAGUUAAUUUCAGUUUGGCUUAUAUCAGAUGGUGUGAGUCUUUUUUCUUUUUCCUGUAUAAAAUUGUUACAACAAAAAACAAGGCAAUCAAGCCUUUUAGCCUAGGGGUAGGUGUGUGUUGGCUACAUGGAAAAAAUUGUCGGAGGCAAAAUAGAUUUUUAAAAAUGAAUGUUUCAGAUUCUUGAUGUUUCA